GCGAGUCGAAGUACGUAAAAGUGCAAAUGAAAAUUUGUUUAAAUAGCGAAAAUUAGAUAAACGCAAUCCCGUGAGAAAAUGGCCCUGAGACUAAUCAACAGCGCUGUGCUCCGCCAGCUGGUUUCCCAGCUGCCGAAGAGUGCCCAGGUGGGCAGCGUUGCCGGUGUCCACACUCUGGACAAGAUCGGCAAGCGGGAGAUCGUUGGCUACGGCUGGAACGGCACCGCCUGCUACGCAGACCGCGUGGAUUACCCCAUGCCCGCCGUGCGUUUCCGUGAACCCAACAACGAGAUCAACGCUCUGCGCACCAAGGAGCAGGGCGACUGGAAGAAGCUGAGCCCUCAGGAGAUCAAGGCCCUGUACCGCGCCAGCUUUUGCCAGACGAUCGCUGAGGUCCAGGCUGGAACCGGCGAGUGGAAACUCCACCUGGGCGUUGCCCUGCUUUUCAGUGCCGCCGCCAUCUGGGUGGCCGUCCUGAUGAACCUUUUCGUGUACGAUGAGCUGCCCGUCACCUUCGACGAGGAGCACCAGAAGGCCCAGCUGCAGCGUAUCAUCGAUCUGGAAAUGAACCCCGUCACCGGUUUGACCUCCAAGUGGGACUACGAGAACAAGAAGUGGAAGAACUAAGUCCGCUACCGUUAAAUAAUUCCGCUAUUGUGUGUGAUUAAGUUAGCCGACGUCUAUGUGUAUUAAGUGAAAGCAAGAUAGUCGAAAUUAAAGUUAUGGCUGCUGCCUAAACUAAAAGAUCUUGA